CACGCCGCGUCGUGUACCAGCUUUGUGGCGGAGAGUAUUGUGCCAUUCGUUCGUUAACUGGAGGUUUGGUUUUUGUUUUCAAGAGAACGCAUGUAUUUGUUCUCUAUCUGUUUAUUCGGACACUGAUUAUUUGGUAUAAAUCAUCAUGGUUCAAGAAGACAUGUAUUAAUGGAAACAUUGGUCUGUGUUCGAUUUAAAUAUCACUGUCUAUCUAAUUGAAUCCAAUUAAUUUUUUUUGUAAAAGAAAAUAAAUUUAAAAGUCGAUCAAUCAAGCUCAACAAAGAGGGGAAAAAACUACUAUUCUAAAGGGCGUGUGUACUUAGUGUACCUUAAAAAUGAAAGGCACAAUUUGAUGAGCUUUGCAAAGACGAAGGGAAACUACUCCGUUUCACCAUGAGCAGGGAGCAUAUCACAGUUUCUCAAGAUCCCGGUUUUAUUGUUAUCAAAUAUGGAGACGACCAGGAAGCGUUGCUGAACCCAAGAUGUCCGACACACGUUUUGGUCGACUGGAUCCGACGAAUCUGCGAGUGUGAUGGCGACAGUAUCUUAGACCUCGUGGAUCUAGAGGGACAAGUCAAAAAUCUCCCAGCAACCUCGGAUGAUUACGCCACAAAUUACGUCACAGGGCGCGAGACCUAUGUCGUCAUAAGAGUAGAAAGGGAAGGAGAGAACGGACCAAACCGCUACAUCUCCUUACUCAACCACUUAGAGAAGGUUAACCCGGAGCUUUUGGUCAAACUGGACAAUUUGUCGCGACCGGACACAAAGACAGGCAAACGAGACCGGUUCAAAAAGUCGUCAGUUCGAGGCCCGCGUCCUGCGGUUACCAAGGGAGACAACAAGCAGCAACGACCAACCAGCACGGAGAGAGCAGCCAAAUCAAAACAAGGGAAAUAAUACGACUGUAAAUAAAAGUUCGAAGAAAAACCUAUUUUUACAUUUAAAUAAAUUGCUUUAAGAUAUAUGUUAAUAAAAGUAAAAUUAAU